GUUGUCGAGUCCCUUAGCAACAUGGAUUGCGGCCAUCCUGUCAUCCGGGGGGACUGCAUAGGGCAUAAGUGUGUGUCGUGGCACCGGCCUGACGCUAAAAGUUUUGGCGAUAUCAGUUAGAGAUUAAGUGGCUUUAUGUUUUACAUUUUACGAAUUAUUGUUGGAUAUCACUUUAUCCCAUCAGCUACUCUCCAUAAACGGGACGGUUCCUCAAGGCUCAAGAUAACGAUAGAAUCCGAUACUUUUCUUACAAGUAGCCCAUCGAGAAAAACUGGUUAGCUCGGAGGGGUGGACCACCACCCAGCGACAGCGGCGACCAUGAACCAGCUACGGGUGCGCUAUCACCAGCUGAAGAUCGACAUGUUCGCACUGUACCAGGCCACCAUGGACAGUCGCGGCGUCAAGGUGCACCGCGUCGAGCAGGCGCUGGGCGACCUGCCGGCACCCGGCCCCAGCCACGUGCAGCUGCGUAACGAGGACGCCGCCUACGUGCAGAAGCUCAGCGAAAUGGAGAAAAAGAUCACCGUGGGAGAGCACGGCCGACGCCGGCGGCACAUGCUCCGCAAGCUGAACUUUUCCCGGUCGUCGGGCGAGCCGUCGGCCGGUGAGGUGGUGGACGCGGCGGCGGCGGCGGCCGUGGAGCCGAGCACCGGGGCCGAGUCGACGCGUCACGAGUCCGGCUGCCGGGAGCUGGACCGGCACUCCAACAUCACCGUGCUGCGCUGCUACCGGUGCACCAAGCGCUUCGACGACCAGACCAGCCUGUUCGCCCACUGGCGCGACGAGAUCAACUGCCACAUCGUCUGUCUGUUCUGCCGGGAGGAGUUCAUCACCAACGCCAAACACGACCAGCACAUCCGGCUGUGUCAGGCGCUCGUGUGCGCCCAGUGCAAGGCGCAGUGCAGCGACUACGCCGAGUACGAGCAACACAUCGCCGUGUGUCUGUUCGCGGCAAAGUGCGAGCCGGUCGAGGUGCUGGCGGCGCGCGUGCAGUGCCCCUACUGCGACCGACUCUUCACGCAGAUCCACAUGUUCAAGCGACAUCUCAAGAUCAUGCACGAGGUGGAGCACAUGCAGCGCUUCGGCCUCAAGAUCCAGCGCAAGUUCCGUCCGAACGAGCGCGAGUUUCCGUGCCGCCAGUGCGGGCGCACGUUCAACCGCGUCUACAACCUGAAGAUGCACCAGCUGUCGCACGGCCGGAACGGCCAGUACCGCUGCGAGACGUGCAACAAGACGUUCCGCUUCCGCUCGAACCUGGAGCGGCACGCCCGCUCGCACACUGCGCAGCAGCACGAGUGCCGCGUGUGCGGCCAGCAGUUCCGGCUGCUGCGCCAGCUGAGAGGUCACAUGAACGUCGCCCACGACAAGGACCAGUUCGCCUGCGAGAUCUGCCAGAAGAGCUGCGAUGGCUACCAGCGGCUGCUGACGCACGCGCGCACCCACCACACGCAGAAGGCCUACUCGUGCGGCGUGUGCGGCCGCGUCUUCAGCACCAAGCACAAGUACAAGGAGCACAUGAACGUGCACGACGGCCGCUACACGUACGAGUGUCACAUGUGCUCGGAGCGCUUCUUCACGCGCGACCACCUGCGCAAGCACUACCGCAAGCAGCACCCGGAGGUGAAGCGCCUUCCGCGGCGCGCCACCAUACGCCGUCCGCUGGACCAGGGGCGCUCCUUCUACGAGCCAACAGACCUGGGGCCGAUGAUUAACGACACCGUGACGCUGUACCAGGCGAGCGCCGACAGCGGCGACGCCUCCGUGGUCAAGUUUGAGGUGGUGGGCGAGCCGUGCGACCGCCAGGUGGUGCAGACGUUCACGGCCGACCAGACCAGUCAGGAGAUGAUGGACGGGGGGUACCAGGUGUACGAGGGCUCGGACCAGCACAUUCUUGGCGAGUACACGCCAGUGGCCGAGGGGGACGGGUACGGUACCCCCGGCGCGUGCCACCGGACGGCUGCCGGCCACACGGUCCAGUACUUCCCGGCGCAGCAGCAGGUGCCGGACGGUGUGGACGGCGCCGCCACUCUGCUCAGUCUGGAGCCGGCCUCCUCGGCCGAAGUACCUGAGGGUGCCACCGUGAUGACCUACAUCGUGCCCGAGACAACCUCGUCUCAGUUCAGCGUACAGGACAGCACCUGGGCCGGCGGCAGCCUGUUCCACUUCCCCGGCCUGAUCACCCCCGAGAAGGGCGCGGCUGGCGGCGGGCUGUACGCGGCGGCCGGCGCCCCCGGGCCGUCAGGGGCGCCCGCCGGCUCGUCCCUGUUCCUGACGCCGGACAAGGCGCCGCUGGCUCCUCCCAGUCUGUUCACCACGCCGGAGCGGCCGUCGGGCGGCGCGGGCCGGCCGCCGCCGGAGGCCGGGCUGCUGUCCACGCCGGACCGCGGCGGCGGCGGCGAGGCAGGUCUGCUGUACACGCCGGCCGGGCCGGCCGCGUCGCCGCUGGGCUGGCCGGCCGCCGACCGACAGCCGGAGCUGGCACUGGCGCACGGCUACCCGCCGCUGGUGAAGACAGAGGCCGCCGCCGUGACGGAGGGCGGCAGUCCGCGGUACCAGCCGCCACCGCCGCCGCCGCCACUGGCCAUCAGCAGCGGCCAGGGCGCCAUCUUCACGUCGCCGCAGCAGGCACCGGUGUUCGUCUCCUCGCUGGCCGAAUAGGGGACGCGCCGGGCGAGGUGCUGGCGACUCGCGGCAGGCGCCUCUGUAAGCACCAGUAUCGCCCGUGAGGGGUAGUGUAUAAUUACCGUGGGUGGGAGGGGGUGAACAGACGAGUCCGUUGAGAAGUGCCACUGAACCGUCCGGUGAAUUACAGUGAUGGCUCCGAUGACAAGACGAUUCUACAUUGCAUGCGCAUUUGUUUUACCUGUAGAUACCUUAUACGAUCGUGUGAGCGAGUUAAGUUGUUGCAGUUUCUGCCAUGCUAUUUAUAUUAUUUAUGACAUUGGUUGCACUUCGUUCAAGGUUGGGGCCAUUGAUUGACCCGUUGAUUUUGUUGUCUUUCAAUACAGAUACCUUCUGAAACACUAGA